AUGAACGAUAUGAUGAUGAAGGUUGAAGUAGUUUCAACAGAACUAAUCAAACCUUCUUGUCCAACCCCCCUUCAUCUUAAAUCCUUCAACUUAUCCUAUCUUGAUCAGAUUGCUCCUCCAUCUCAGAUUGCUCUUCUUCUUUAUUACAGUAACGAUAACAACUACCGACAUAGGAUUACCAGUGAAAAUGAUAGUUCUUGCACGAUACUUAAGAAAUCCUUGGCAGAAGCGUUGAGCAAAUUUAUCCCUUGGCUGCUUAUCCAACUUCCUCAUGUGCAAGACCUCGCAAAGAUAUCUCUUCCAUUUGAUCCGUUUGCGGACUCUGAUGAAGGAAAUUCAACCAAAGUUUUAUCAGUCCAGGUUAAUGUUUUUGAGGAUUGUGGUGGGAUUGUCAUUGGUUUGUGCAUCUCGCACAAGUUGGCCGAUGCGUGUUCAGUCAUCACUUUUAUCAACGACUGGGCUAGUAUAGCUCGUGCUAUUGCUACUGCUGAUCAUGAUCAGCAAAUCAAAGGUCCUAUUUUCGAGGCACAAUCAUUAUUUCCACUCAAACAGUUCUUAACGGGUUUCAAACCACCCACUGCACCAAGGAUAGUUGCGGGGGAUGAUGUAAUAGUUACAAAGAAAUUUGUGUUUGGAUCCUCCAAAUUGGCAGAACUCAAGAAGAAAGCCAAAAUCAUCAGUGAGAUUGACGAUGUUCAUGAGCAGCUCAACUACCAGCCAACUCGUGUUCAAGCCCUAUCAGCUUUGAUAUGGAGGUGCUUCAUUGAUACAGAUCAAGCCAAAAACAAGGGAGCUAAUCCUACGGAAGUUUACCUAGCACUAUUCGCAAUAAAUUUGAGGGCGAGGAUGAUUCCUCCAUUGCCUUUAAACUCCUUCGGCAACGUGACAAGUGUUGCACUACCUAUGGUCAUGAGUAAGGAGGUGGCCGGUAACAAGAAAAAUGAUCAGCAGUACUACCCAUACUUGGUAGGAAAAGUUAGAGACUCCAUAAAGAAAAUCGAUGGAGACUACGUAAGAGAUCUGCAAACAAGUAAUGCGUUCUUAGAUGGCAUGAAGUCGUUCUCCGAAAAUGGUCCAAGUGCAGAGACACUGAUUCUAAGCUUCACCAGUUGGUGUAGGUUUCCAAUAUAUGAAGCUAACUUUGGUUGGGGAAAGCCAAUAUGGGUAGGUUCUUGUACACUUCCUAUGAAAAAUGCUGUCUAUUUGAUGGAUACUAAUUCAUCAGGAGACGGAAUUGAAGCAUGGGUGAGCUUGAGCAAAGAAGACAUGAACGAAUUCGAACGUCACCCAGAACUCGUCGCAGUUGUAUCCUAG